CACUAAAACACCAACGUUCACCUCUAUCUCUCUCUCUCUCUUUCUCUCUCUUGUUUCCCUCUCUCUCCCCCUGUCUUCCUAAUUAACCGUUACAUCUUCCUUCUUCGUCCCUCCCAAUUCACAGCUAUUCCCAGAAACCGAAAGAACAGAACCAGUCGAGUAGUAGUAGUAGUGUAAUCAUCAUGGAACCGGCAAAAAUCGACUGGAAAAACUUGGAAUGGAAGUUCGUACAAGACGAGCUCUACGAGCACAUCAACGCCCCCAAAUGGUUCGACUUCUUGUCCUCAAACCCACCUCUGGAGGACGACGAUGCUUGGUUUUGCAGACCCGAUUGCAACCACCCAAAGACAGCUCAAGAUUUCCUCAAAUCGACUCCCCCAAAGAUUGCAAGUCCAGCUGGUGUCUCUGAGAUCUCUCCACUUGGUCACAGAAACCAAAGAGAUGCAAAGGUGAAAAGAAGAGCGCUUCUAGCUCAAGCUUGGCUUUCUCCCAGUAAUAGUAACACCAAAUUCAAUGAAGAUUGCGAAAACUUGAAUCCGAAUCUAUCAACCCCUCCUCCUUAUAACAACCAAUCAAGGAUCCUCAAGGCCGCAAUCAAAUCAAGCGCGGAGACGAAAGAGGCCAUGGCCACGGACGAGGCGGUGGCAAUGCUGCCACAACCAAGGCUGAAGAGCACGCUCUCCGCGAGGAACUUGUUCGCGGGGCGGGACAUUUUGAAUCAGAUCAGCGACUUCUGCAGCGAAUUGAAGAGGAUGGCAAUGCGGCCGAAGGAGAGAGAAAAUGAGGAGAGUGCGAAGGAGAAUGUGGUGAAGGAGGAGAGUAAAAGUGGUGUCUUGAGUGAGUUGGAUUUGAGGGGGAAGGAGAAACCGUUUCAAGAAAUGGAGGGAAUUAGCAUUCUCAAGGAGAAGCAAAGGAGAAAAAAAAGAAUUGAGGACAUAGAGAACAUCCCAAUCUCUGUGAACUUGGAGAAUAUAAAGCGCAAAGAGGAUAAUAUAUUGCAAAUUCGAACAAAUCCUCCCUCUCCUCAAUGCUUUUCUGCCACAAGAAAAACCACCUCUUCCAAAUCCAAGCUCAUGGAGAGAGGAGUUCUACAAGAGCAGAACAAGCAGGUAGUAGUAGCAAAAGAGUCCAUUGACAAAAACAAAAGUGCGUCUAUUGUUGAGUCAAGAGAAGCUGCUAGGACUUUGGACGUAUUUUGGUUUCUGAAGCCUUGCACACUAUCCACCUAUAAUAAUGCUUAAUAAUAAUUUAAAAAAAAAAAACAAACUAUAGAACC